AAUAUUUAAGAUGCUGACUUGGUGGAGCAUUCACGCUUGGGAAGGCAAGCCACCAGUGUCCAGUACACUCCACUUUCAGCAACUCAAGCUUUGACAAAGGCUAUGGGAGGGCAAGGAAAGAAAGGGGACAACGAAGUGUGAGGCCAUCCAGAGUGAGCGUGUAAGGCGUGAGCUGCUCCUCAGGCCUCCACUGGGCCAAUCCAAAGUUCCCCAAAGGCAAAGCCUUCUUUACCAGGCCCACGAAAGAUGCUGAGCAAGACUCAUGCAGCUGGGACCUGGCUCUGCAUUUUCAUUGUGGCCUUUGCCAGCCACCCAGUACAGCUGCAGAAGCCCCCUAAACAUAAGAUGCCAGCAGAGCUCAAAGCGGCCUCCUGCUGUAAGGAGGUGAAGGAGCUCAAGGCCCAGGUCGCCAACCUAAGCAGUAUGCUGAGCGAACUAGGCAAGAAGCAGGAGAGUGACUGGGUCAGCGUGGUCAUGCAGGUAAUGGAGCUGGAGAGCAGCAGUAAGCGCAUGGAGUCAAGGCUCACAGAUGCCGAGAGCAAGUUCUCUGAGAUGAACAGCCAGAUCGACAUCAUGCAGCUCCAGGCGGCACAGACUGUCACCCAGACCUCAGCAGAUGCCAUCUACGACUGCUCCUCCCUCUACCAGAAGAACUACCACAUCUCUGGGGUAUACAAGCUUCCUCCCAAUGACUUCCUGGGCAGCCCUGAGAUGGAGGUGUUCUGUGACAUGAAGACUUCAGGUGGGGGUUGGACCAUCAUUCAGAGACGAAAGAGUGGCCUUGUCUCCUUCUACCAGGACUGGAAGCAGUACAAGCAGGGUUUUGGCAGCAUCCGUGGGGACUUCUGGCUGGGGAAUGAAAAUAUCCACCGGCUCACCAGACAGCCAACACGGCUCCGUGUGGAGAUGGAGGACUGGGAGGGCAACGUGCGCUAUGCCGAGUAUAGCCACUUUGUUCUGAGCAAUGAACUCAACAGCUACCGCCUCUUCCUGGGGAACUACAGUGGCAACGUGGGCAACGAUGCACUCCUCUACCACAACAACACAGCAUUCAGCACCAAGGACAAGGACAAUGACAACUGCUUGGACAAGUGUGCCCUGCUCCGCAAAGGUGGAUACUGGUAUAACUGCUGCACGGACUCCAACCUCAAUGGGGUUUACUACCGCCUGGGGGAGCACAAGGAGCACUUGGAUGGCAUCACCUGGUAUGGCUGGCAUGGGGCCAGCUACUCCCUCAAACGGGUGGAGAUGAAAAUCCGCCCGGAGGGCUUCAAACCCUGAAAGGAAGCUGCUGUGGAGCCGGACUGCAGAAAGACGCAAGCGGAGACUGGGAAGGGCAGAGCCAGCAGGAAGAGGGUAUCAAAGGGCAGGGGAGGGAGUGGCCUGUAAUCCCCAGGUGAGACAAAGGCUCUUAG